AUGAAGCACCACAAUCAAAAGAGCAGUCUUCAGAGGCUGAGAUGCUCUGUUCAGAACUAUGACUGGGGGAAGAGGGGCACAGACUCUCUGGUGCUUGGUGAGAAGGUGGUUCAAAAAUGGGGCUCUGACUUGCCUUUCUUGUUUAAGGUGCUUUCUGUGGCAAAGGCAUUGUCAAUACAGGCACACCCAGAUAAGGAAUUGGCUAAGGUUUUGCAUAAGUUUAUGCCAAAUCUUUACAAGGAUGCCAAUCACAAGCCUGAGAUGGCCUUGGCUGUUACACAUUUUGAGGCUCUUUGUGGUUUCAUCAGUCUUGAGGAGCUUAAAGUUGUGCUUGAUAAUGUUCCUGAGAUUGAGGAACUGGUUGGUAGUGAAGAUGCAAACAAAGUCUUUGACAUUACUGAUCGAGAUGAUGAGAAUAAAGUAACGUCUGUUCUGCGUUCAAUUUUCACCCACCUCAUGUCAGCUAGCAAAGAGAUGAUAACUACAAUAAUCACUAAAAUGAAAAAUCGUUUACGCAUCGAAAGUCAGGCGAGACUCUUGACAGAAAAGGAACAGCUGGUGUUGCAGUUGGAAAGGCAAUAUCCAGCUGACGUGGGUGUUAUAUCUGCCUUCUUUUUGAACCAUGUGAAUCUUAAGCCUGGUGAAGCACUAUACAUUGGAGCGAAUGAACCUCAUGCCUAUAUUUUCGGCGAGUGCAUUGAGUGUAUGGCAACCUCAGACAAUGUAGUGAGGGCUGGCCUAACUCCUAAGCAUAUGGAUGUUAACACCCUUUGUUCUAUGCUCACAUACAAGCAGGGCUAUCCUAAAAUCCUGCAAGGAGUUGCUUUAGGUCCUUAUGUAACAAGGUACCUACCCCCUUUCGAUGAAUUUGAGGUCGAUUGCUGUCAGCUUCCCCAGGGAGAAUCAACAGAGUUCCCUGCAGUCCCAGGUCCUUCCAUUUUUUUGGUCACUUUUGGGGAGGGAAUCAUAUAUGCAAGUGAUCUUAAAGGAGAUAUAAUUACAGAAGGAGAUGUUCUCUUUGCACCCGCUAACACUCAGAUUAGCAUAACAAGUGCAUCUCAGUUGCAGAUAUACAGAGCAGGAGUGAACAGCAUGUUCUUUCAAGCCUCAUAA